UGUCAAAGGAAGUUUUCCAAAAUGGUCUUAGAAAAAUUUUACAAAAAUACAAGUACAAAACAAUAACAACCACUGAUUUCUGGGAAACUAUGCAAGAGGUCCUAAGUAAGUCAAAAGGAAAUAAUAAUACUUGGAAAGUAAAAGAAGUGAUGGAACUUUAUAUAUCACAAUUAGGAUAUCCUGUGAUUAAUAUGUCGAGAAAUUACACAACAGGAGUAAUAACAUUGUCUCAAGAGUGCACUGUUUGUUCCAUUACGAAAAUGCCAUCAAAAUUUUUCAUUCCAAUUAAUUUUGCGACUAGUUCAUCGUUAAAUUUUACCUCAACAUUUGCCAGUCAUUGGUUGAGACCUGACGAAAAGGAAUUAAUCAUUGAAGGAAUUCAUCCAAAUGAUUGGGUGAUUUUCAAUAUUCAGAGCAGUGCAUAUUAUCGAGUAAACUAUGAUAAAAGAAAUUGGGAGCAGAUAGAUAAAUAUUUAAAUUCUGAAAAUUUCUCACGAAUCCACGUUUUAAAUCGUGCUCAAUUAUUAGAGAAUGCAUUUUGGCUUUUCAAGACGAAAAAAAUUAAUGAAGAAUCACUAAUUAAUCUUACUUCAUACAUGAGUCGUGAGGUAGAUUACAUUCCAUGGACUGCUGCUGAUGACAUUCUACUUUAUUUUCAUACAGAGAAUGUUACAUUUGAUUUUAAGAAAUAUACACUGAAUCUUGUAAAAGCACUUAUCAAAGAUGCGGGUGUCGAUGGAAAAGAAAAUGACGAUAUUUUUACAGUAUUAAAACGAUUUAUUGGCACUUAUUGGAGUUGUGCUUUAGACAAGCGACAUUGCAGUAAAGUCAAUUGGUAAUUGAACAUAAUGAUAGACUUAAAUUACCGUAAGUGAGGCUAAAUUCGCUCAAUUUUUCAAUUCUUUUUUUAAUAACUUCGAGAAACGAUGAAAAUAAACAUUGGCACUGAAAAUAUAUAAUCUUUAAUCCUUUAUCUUUCCUAUUACUGCAUAAAGAAAUUAAAAUAUGUUGCAGAAAAUUAUUUAUAAGCCGUUUUUUUGUGAGCGACUUUACCUUUAAAUGAUGGGUAAAUUCGCUCACCAUUAUUAU